AAGUUCGCGCCUUGUCAAACUAAAAACUUUUAUUUACACAAGCGUUUUGCAGCAUUUUUCUUAAGUUUUUAAAAGAUUUAAUUGAAAAUUUCUUCAGAAGUGCAUCUAAAUCAAGAAUAAAAACAAUUUACUUGGAGUCAGUUCAUCGGAUUCAUUACAAUCAUGCACGCAUUUUUAAAAACAGGGAAAAUAACGGACUCGCCCUCGAAAGCCGGUCCCAGCGAAGGAUCAUCGGAGAAACGCACCAAAUCACAUUCCGUUCCUUGGGUUGAGAAAUACCGGCCGAAAAGUGUGGACGAUGUCGUCGAGCAGGCCGAGGUGGUGGCAGUGCUCCGAGAAAGUUUGUCAACAGCCGAUCUUCCUAAUCUGUUGCUUUAUGGACCACCGGGAACCGGUAAGACCAGUACUAUUCUCGCGGCUGCCCGGCAGCUUUUCGGAGACAUGUUUAAGGAGCGAAUUCUCGAGUUGAAUGCCUCGGACGAUCGUGGCAUCGCGGUCAUCCGGAACAAGGUUAAAACGUUCGCUCAACUGACGGCCAGUGGCACAAGGGCGGACGGCAAGCCGUGUCCACCGUUUAAGAUUGUCAUUUUGGACGAGGCGGACGCUAUGACCCACGCCGCACAGGCUGCGCUGCGUAGGACAAUGGAAAAGGAAACGAAAACAACGCGAUUCUGCUUGGUGUGCAACUACGUGUCGAGGAUCAUCGAACCAAUCACUUCCCGUUGUACCAAGUUCCGUUUUAAGCCACUCGGAGAGGAAAAAGUUAUCGAGCGGUUGCGGUACAUUUGCGAGCAAGAGAACGUGGACGUCGAGGAUCAAGCCUAUCGGGACAUCGUAGACAUCUCCGGAGGGGAUUUGCGUAGGGCGAUCACCACUCUGCAGUCGUGCCAUCGGCUCAAGGGCAAGGAUGCCAAAAUUGCGCACACGGACAUUCUGGAAAUGUCCGGCGUUGUUCCUCGGAAGUACCUGGAGGAUUUUGUCUCGGUUUGCAAAACGGCCAACUAUGGAAAGCUGGAAGACUACGUGCGGAAUCUCACCUACGAUGCAUACAGUGUUGGGCAGCUGUUCGAGCAGUUGACUGAUUACGUUGUCAUGCAUGAUGGGCUGAGCGACAAGCAGAAAAGUAUUAUUUGCGACAAACUCGGGGAAUGCUGCUUCCGUUUGCAAGGUGGUGGAUCCGAGUACAUACAGAUCAUGGAUUUGGGAUGCGUUACCAUUCAAGCUUUGCAAGCCAACUGAACCUACUGGGAUGCUCAACUGAUGUUUCCUUACAUUUACACAUAAUACAGCGUUUAAAAAUCAA